ACCAAUUAUGCUCUUUACUUUGAAUCUUUGGGAGUUGGUUUAUAUGACAAAGCUGUAAGAUACGAUCUGGAUACGGAUGUGAAGCAGGUCAUAAAACCUGACUUGACUGGGCCAUUGGGUGCUCGUAUCUUUGAUAAAGCUGUUAUGUACAAGUCAAAAUCCAUAUCAGAACCAGUGUAUUUUGAGUUUCCUGAAUUUAAAGGUAAUUCUCGUCGGGACUAUUGGCUGGAUAUAUGUCUGGAGAUCCUGCGUGCAAACAGGUUUAUUAGAAAACAUAAUUUCAAAGAGAUUCAGCAAUCAGAAGUGCUUGGAAGAGCUGUUCUUGGCAUUUUUCGAUACCGUGCUGUCAGAGAAGCUUUCCAUGUCUACUCCUCCCAGUACAAAACCUUGCUCAUAUUUAACCUGGCUGAAAGUCUUCCUGGGGGAGACACAAUCUUAGGGACACUGUCUAGUCGCUUGGCAUUUGUAGAUACCAAAACUUUUCCAAGUGAUGUGUUUGUGCCUCAAUAUAUGAAAUGGCCAUUAACAUUUUCCCCAGUUUCAGUCUUGACACUGAAACAUUUUGGGCUAACUUUGUCAAGGAGAUUAAACGUGGAUGGAGAAGUGGCAAUUGUUGGAGAUUUUUGUGUUGGAGAAACAAAUCCACUGGAGAUAGCAGUGAAGCAAUCAAUAUCUGACACAGGUAGGGCUGAAGCUGCACAGGCAACUGUGGACCAAGUGAAGGUAGAAGGAAUUGAUACAAAUGUCGCAGUAAUGAAGGAAUUGUUGUUUCCUGUUAUUGAAUUAGCUAGUCGGCUUCAACAUUUGGCUUCUUGGGAAGAUCCUUUCAAAUCAACAGUGUUCUUGUUGUUGACCUGCUAUGCCAUUGUAAGAGCCAAUUGAAAUCACUGAGACCGCUUCCUCUACUAUCAAGAUGGCCAACAAAGGGAAGUCUAUCAUCACCGAUGCCCAAAGAGUGACUCAGGUGGAGGACUCCCUUCGUGGCAUGAAAUAGAGGCUCCACAACUCAGGAAGGACAAUUGAACGUGUUAAGGCACGGAACACGUUAUGCUUCCUCAAUAUACCUG